AUCCAAUUGAAGCUAUAUGGGGUCAUUUGUGCUUUUGCCAGGUCACCAAGUCAUUGCAUUAGGAGUAAGCCAUUGGCUAAAAAGAAACCAUUACGCACUACAAACAGAACAGGUGGGAUCGAUGUUGAUAUUUCCGUCACUGGCUCCAUAAACUUCUAGAAACCAACAUUGCCCCAUCUAUUCUUUUCCAUACUCACAUUACCAAAAACAUACCGCAAACAGCACCCUGCAUACAUAACAUCACAGUGUUAAGAGAAGAAAGGAAGCAAUGUCGCCGAACCAAGCAGAGACAACACGGAAGCAGGAUGACAAGAGCAAACUGGAGGACGAAGUUCGGCUGCGCCAUUUCACCGAGGAGGUGCUAGACUCACGACAGGAAGAGCUUGAAGUUCAGGAAAAAGAGAAUUCAAAAUUAUCAAAGAAACUGGAAUUGUUACAGCAAGAAUUGAAAGAAGCGCAGAGCCAGCUCGCACAAGCUCGCAGCCAGUCAAACAACGCCGAGGAGACUAAAAGCCAGAGCACUCGCUCAUCUACGAAGAGGAAGGACAUUACAGAGAUCGAAGCGCAGGAAGCAUAUAAAAAAUUGUGCGAAAAUGUUAAGCGUUGGGUCGAGUAUCGCAUUCGGCCUGUCUUGGACGAUCUAGCCAGUGGCCACUUUCGUUGCCAGCCAACUCCAGCGCAGUCAACAAGAUUCGUAUCUCUGAUGAGAGAGCCAGCAACAAGUUGUCUCAACGUAUGGCAUUCCGAUGAAUAUCAUUUUACGGCUAUUAUUAUGCAAUAUUUAUGGCUAGUGUUCUUUACCAAGUCAUUCUACUGUCCCCUCGAUGAUGCGGAUGGUGAGACUACUGCAGCGUGGAUCGAUGAUCUGGAGAGUGCGAUAUCUAAACUUCCUCGAGAUAUUCAGCAUUGUAGAGAGUGGAGAUCUGAGACGCUCACGGCUUUGACAAGCCAGAAAUCUUUCAAAUCCAGAAGAGCAGCAUACCUCAACCUUAUUACCGAAGAUCUUGCUUCUCUCCUAACAGUUGUAGUGCCAUAUUUAACUGCUACAGAACUGCAAAAUUCUCUUCGGACAAGCAUCAUUGACCCGGCAGUGGAUCUUGCACACCGACUGCAGCUUUGUCCAAACGUAUUCUCUCUUAGGUGGCCAGCACGAACCGCGAGAUCAAAAUUGGAUACUUAUGAAUGCAUCAACCUUGCUGAUAGAGGUACCAUUAUGAUGAAGUCGGACGAGAAUGGCAAAUCAUCUGACGCCCUAAGAAACGCAUCGUAUCUAUUCGAUAUUGCUCCAGGGCUUUUUGUCGAGACGGUCUCUGGAGCAAAGAAGUCGGCAGCAAAAAUUGUCUGCAAGCCAACGGUCUUGGUGUAUGGAGGAGAUAAGGAUAGCGAUAUUCCACAAAAGUCUAUGACGUUAACAAGACUCUUGUGGGAUUUUGCGAAUGGAUCAAAGAGCCGAUCUCUUGGUCCAUCGCGAAAUAUAUCACCCAAAAGUAAGACCCUGAUCUUGAGGCGACAUCGCUCAAAGCUCUGAUUCAUGGCCCAAGGGUCCUCUAGAACACGCCUCGAUGGCGACUGGAGCUGGUGAUUUCUUUUUUCUUUCUUUUUUUUUCCCCCCCCCUUUUUAAAACAAAAACAAAAUCAGACAUCUUGAUGAUGUUCUUAAACUUAUAGAAGCGUCAGCAGCGCUGGCCAGAAAAGCAAUGACAAACGAGCAAUAGAUCUCACCAAAGAUAGAUAGAUACAUCGCAAUGAAUCACGAAAUUCGAUCAUGACUCUCAAGGAAUACAGUACC